CUUUAAGGACUAUAAUAGGAAACAAUUAAAUUUCUGUUAAAAAAUUCAAAAAUUAUAAAUUAAUAUAUUCAAAUAUUAUAAAUCGUAAAAAUAGUGGAAGCAAAAGCAAUUAAAAUUUGUUUAAAAGUAGAGCUCUUCAACAAAUAAAUAGAUAAUAGAUAAAAGGUUAAAGAUAGACUAGAUAUUUCAAAUAUUAAGAAUAAAUAAAUGGGUAACUGUGCUGCUUGCGAAGAUACAUAAGAAUUUGAUCAAAACACAGAAGUCAAUCUCUAAAAGAAAAAGAGAAUCCAAGAAAAUUUUUAAAACAUGGAAAAAGAAUAAUAUGAUGAAAAUGAAUUUGGAAAAGAAAAUGUAUUUUAAAAUAAAGAAACUGAAAAAGUAAAAAGGUCUGGAAAGCAUGACGAUUAUCAAUCUUUAGCAGGCUCAAGAGUGGAUUAGUUAAAUUCUUCAACCAAAAAAGAAAGGUUGAACCCACUAUCUGCUUCAAAAGGGUUUUAAAACGGUUAAUAAUAAUCAGUGAACAGCAACAGAUAGUCAGCAAAUAAAUUAGAUGAAACCGGUGAUCACAUUCCACCUCAUUUAAAUAAAUUAGAUUAACUUCCUGAUUUUUCAAACGAAUUUACAAGAGAAGUGCUGGAAAAACUUGGCGAAUUCGUAUAUGACUAAGAUGAAGAAGAGUCAUUCCUUGACCUACCAUUCUUUGGACCAUGUGAAAUGGAAAACAAUGCUUUUUACAUCGGAUAGUGGAAGCACGGAUAGAGAUGGGGAAGAGGUAAAUAAGUAUGGAGUGAUGGGUCUUAAUACGAAGGUUAUUGGAAAAAUGAUAUGGCUAAUGGAAAAGGUAGACUUAUACAUGCAGAUGGAGAUGUCUUUGAAGGAAAUUGGCUAAAUGAUAAAGCUCAUGGCAAAGGUGUUUAUAUUCAUAGAGAUGGAGCUAGUUAUUCAGGUGAUUGGUUUGAAGAUAAAUAGCAUGGAUUUGGAGUCGAAAAAUGGAUAGAUGGAGCUAGCUAUGAAGGAAAUUAUUUUAUGGGUAUGAAGCAUGGGCAUGGUGUCUUUACUUGGGCUGAUGGUAGUAUAUAUAAGGGAGAAUUCUAAAAUAAUAAUAUAGAUGGCAGAGGAAGUUACAAAUGGGCUGAUGGUAGAGAGUAUGACGGUACUUGGAGAGACAAUAAAAUGCACGGAAAGGGUGUUUUUACAUGGAAAGAUGGAAGAAAAUAUAUAGGAGAAUAUAUAGAUGAUAAAAAACAUGGAUUAGGGGAAUUUUACUGGCCAGAUGGUAGAGUGUAUAAAGGAUAUUGGGAGAAUGGAAAAUAGCAUGGAAGAGGAUUUUAUAAAGGUUCAAACGGUAGAGAAAGAGAAGGAGAGUGGAAAGAGGGUAAAAAAAUUAGAUGGCUUGAUGAAUGA